UCGCGACUUUUGGCUUUUCGUGCGUCGACUGCCGCUGACUUUGGGACGGAAAUGUCGACGUUUGGGACGCUCUAUCGAGUGACGACGUACGGCGAAUCGCACUGUGCAAGCGUAGGAUGUAUCAUAGACGGGUGUCCGCCUGGGCUUCAGCUUGUCGAGCAAGAUAUCCAGACCCAGCUCUCCCGCCGAAGACCGGGACAGAGUGCACUGACAACACCCAGGGACGAAGCAGACAGCGUUGCUAUUCAGUCUGGCACCGAGCACGGCGUCACGCUAGGCACACCGAUCGGCCUCAGAGUGCAGAACAAGGACCAGAGACCGCACGACUACACAGAGACGGAUCUCUACCCUCGUCCGAGUCACGCAGAUUGGACCUACCUCCUCAAAUAUGGCAUAAAAGCCAGCAGCGGCGGCGGCCGAUCCAGCGCAAGAGAGACGAUAGGACGAGUGGCAGCGGGAGCGAUUGCCGAAAAGUACUUGCGCGAGGCUUGCGGCGUAGAAAUCGUCGCGUUCGUCUCCUCAGUCGGCAAGGUACAUAUCCCCUACCUCGCAUCGACUUCCCACGCGGCAUCAGGUCAGACGGUUGACCUCAUUGGGGGAGGAGAAGAGGAGGAUGAUGCGGAUGAGCUGCUCACGAAGGAGUACAUGGACAUGCUCAGCAAAGUCACGCGAGAACAAGUUGAUCAGAACAACAUCAGAUGCCCGCACCCCGAAGCUGCCAAACGGAUGGAAGAGAGGAUAAUGCGAGCCAAAGCGGCCAACGACUCAAUCGGGGGUACGGUGACUUGCGUCAUCCGGAACAGCCCCGUCGGUCUGGGCGAGCCCUGCUUUGACAAGCUGGAAGCCAAGCUUGGCCAUGCAAUGCUGUCCAUCCCAGCGACGAAAGCAUUUGAGAUCGGAUCAGGCUUCAGAGGCGCCACAGUAGCAGGCUCGAAGCAUAACGACGCAUUCGUGCGCAGGCCGGACGGAACGCUAGGGACACUGACGAACAAAUCGGGCGGAGUGCAAGGAGGGAUCUCCAACGGGGAGAAUAUCUACUUUCGCUGUUCGUUCAAAUCGCCCGCCACCAUCUCACAGGAGCAGAAGACGGCCAGAUAUGAUGGCGAGGCAGGUUCUCUCGCUACAAGAGGCCGUCACGAUCCCUGUGUUGUUCCCAGAGCUAUCGCAAUCGUAGAAGCCAUGGCUGCGUUGGUCAUCAUGGACGCGUUCCUGAUACAAAAGUCGAGAGAGGCAGCGAGAUUGAUGCUACCGCCAAUCACGACACUACCUGCGACAAUGGCUUUGCCCACCAAGCAAGGCAUCAAUAAGCUGCCUACUGGAGCUGAAGCUAUAGCGUCUGAAGCCAAGUAGCUGACAAGAUGCAUGCGUGGCAGCUGAUGAUAAAGAGGCA